AUGGAGGAUACUUCGCGUCAACAAAAGCCUCACUCCAAUAAACCCUGUAGCAGCAAUACUACAUCGCCCACCAGUCCACUUGGUAAAAAGUCUCUGGAAUCUAUUGUAGGCAGACCUAUCAAGAUAAAGACAGCUUCAAAUGAACAAGUAGAGGGUUUGGUUUAUACUUAUGAUCGUACUACCAACUGUCUUGUGAUUGAUUACAGCAAUACAUCCAAUACCAACACAACAACACAACAAGCAGGACGCAAUUUGUCCUUUCGUAUCAUCAAGAUAUCUCACAUCAAAGAGAUCAUUUCAUUGGGAGAGGGUAUUAGCAGCAGCAACAAAAAGGACUACUUGCCUGUUAAUCAAGUGCAAGUGGAUCGUUUAAAGAGUCGUGAAUCAGAGGCAUUGAAAGGAUUUCAAAGCCAAGUAUCCAAGAUUGGUGUUGGCGUAACAAAGGAGGGGCAGGAUAUAUUCAAUGCCUUGAGCAAAACAUUACCGUGCCGAUGGUCAAAAGACACAAUUGUGGUGAUGGAUGAGAUACUGAUUACACCACCUUAUGGUGUUGAGAACUGCAAAGCCAAUGCUACAUCCUCAGCUUUACUUGCAAGAGUCAAAAAAGUGCUUGAAGGGGAGCGAAAGAGACUUGCUAAAUAA